AUGGAUGACGAUAUCGUAGAAGAUGCCAUUUAUGUCCUUAACAAUAAUGAUGAUUCCGAAAAACGAAAGGAUGUGCAGAGAAUAUCACCAGUGCAAUUUCUACGUGAUCGAGAACUCGGUUUACGCGGAACGCAUGAACGCACCAUAAUACAGGAAGUUUACAUACACGACCAAUUUGUUGAUAACUGGCCUCAUCAUAUGAAGCACAAAUUAUAUAAAGAGAUACUCAAUUCGGUUGACACCGAUGAAAAUGAAUAUGAUAUAGCAAAACAAAUCGUAGAAAAGACUCAGGAAUGCUGUUACCAUCUCAUUGAGAUACCAGCAGGGUGUUGGAAGACAACAGUGAUAAAAAUGGAGAAUAAUUUCGAGCAAGUGGAACGCGAGCUGUUGGAGCAAGCAAAUGGAGUCACUACUUUGGGCGAGUGUUUUAUGUGGUUGCAGCGAUGCGAUGAGAUUAUACAACAGCUUGAGGAACAUAGCCGCAUAAAGCGUCCUCGGUUUGCCGUCGGACAAAGGCAAUCGUUGGUGGCGAGGAUCGCGCGACUCGAAGGUGAAAAGACACAAUUACAAAGACGUUUCGUGCAUAUACAGGCGUUCGAGAAUCGCAUUCAGACAGGUGCAGUGAUAAAUACAAACUAUAUUGAACCGCGAACGUUUUUAGAAGACGCAUGCGGUAUAGUGCUCGAGCGAGUGCGGGACGCUCUAGAGGAACACAACAGUGUAAAAGUGAAUACAGCAUUCAACGGCGUGUUUGUAACGGGUGAUAAACGUGCCAACAAAAGUAUAAACACUAAAAAUUGUGAACUAUUCCAAACGUCGGACUUGGACGAGUGGUAUGAGCGACGCGUUAUCGAACCCACAUUAGCAUCACUUGAAGAGUUUCAAGAACGAGAUAGCGGGUGGGCGCUAUCGCGAAUUCUCAAUUUGAUUCUAAAUAUAAAUAAGUACAAUCCUCUACACGCGGGGUGUUACGUGACAUUACCGCGAGAAAUAAUGAUGAAGCGUGCAGUAGUGAACGUUAAUUCAAAGGACAAUGCAUGCUUCGCAUGGUCAGUGGUUGCCGCUCUACAUCCUGCUGAAAGAAACACAGGAUUGGAAUCAUCAUAUCCACAUUAUACAACAGUCCUAAAGUUUGAUGACAUUGCGUUUCCCGUUACAGUAAAGGACAUUGGAAAAUUUGAGAGUCUUAACAAUAUAUCGAUCAACGUCUACGGGAUGAAAAAGGAAAUGGCAAUGCUAAAGAUUCUUCCGCUGCGGCUCUCCAAUGACAAGAAAGAGAAGCAUGUCAAUUUAUUAUACGUACAAAAUCCGCACGAAGACAGCGUGGGUCACUUUGUCUGGAUAAAAAAUCUGUCCCGCCUCAUCAGCUCCCAACUGAGCAAACAUGAUGGAAAAGAUACAUUUGCGAUCGGUAUGUAUAAUAUGUUUAAAAAAUUCACAUGAUCCAGCAAA